AUGGAAUAUAUCCAAGAAGCGAUUGCAAAGAGCCCCAUCGAUUUGUCCAUGAGCACGGCCGCGGAGUCCCCGCUCGCGGCCAGUCCCGAGAGCCGUGGAGGACGUCGAGCGGCGCUGCUGGUGCCUGGUUCUGUGGGACAGUGGCCGCUACUCGAUGGGAUCAUUCAUGCUGCGUACUAUGUGCCAACGCUCCAGCAAUAUUUUUCAUCACAGAUCGCAGAGCCCUACCGCUCUCGACAGCGCGUGAAGAUGCUCUUCCGGAACUACGGGCGAUGUCGGCAGUUGAUGCGUACCGCGAAGGUGCCGUGUCAGACCUGCGUGGCCACGAACCAUGAGUGCUUCUAUGUGUCCAUGGCCGCGGACUAUCAGCUCUUCCUCUCUGUUCCUCGCGGCAUCUCCACCAGCGUCAUUGCUCAGUUCUAUCACUGGGUGCGAACCCAAGAGUCUCACAUUUUCAUCAAUCCGAUUCCAACGUGGUGA